CCUUUCUUCCAGUGGGGAAGACUUCCUUGAUCACCAGGUUCAUGUAUGACAGCUUUGACAACACCUACCAGGCAACCAUUGGCAUUGACUUCUUAUCGAAAACCAUGUACUUGGAAGAUCGAACAAUCAGGUUGCAGCUGUGGGAUACUGCGGGUCAGGAACGUUUCCGUAGCCUCAUUCCCAGUUACAUCCGUGACUCUGCUGCUGCUGUAGUAGUUUACGAUAUCACAAAUGUGAACUCCUUCCAGCAGACCACAAAGUGGAUCGAUGACGUGCGAACGGAGCGGGGCAGCGACGUCAUCAUCAUGCUGGUGGGAAAUAAAACAGACCUAGCGGAUAAGAGACAAGUGUCCAUUGAGGAAGGAGAAAGAAAAGCCAAAGAGCUGAAUGUAAUGUUCAUUGAAACCAGUGCAAAAGCAGGAUACAAUGUAAAACAGCUUUUCCGGCGCGUGGCAGCUGCCCUGCCUGGAAUGGAAAGCACACAAGACAAAAGUAGAGAAGACAUGAUCGACAUAAAACUGGAAAAGCCUCAAGAGCAGCCUGUCAGUGAAGGAGGCUGCUCCUGCUAAUACCACGUGGCUUCUACCUUUCUCCAGAACAUCACGGCUUUCCCUCCCUCUACUCUCCAUUGACUGCAGUGUGAAUAUUGGCUUGAACCUUCCCCUUCCAGUAAUAACGUUAUUGCAGUUCAUCAUCGCUGGCUGUCUCGUGGAGAUGAUCUAUUAGCUUCACAAGCACACACACACACACAAGGAAAAAUGUCGGUGUCUUCAUUAUUUAUAAGAAAAAAAAGAAAAAAAAAAAGCCAAAAUAUUCCAGCAUAUUCUAGGUAUAACUUUAAAAAGAUAGGUACAAUUUCUUAAUAUUUGUUCCUUUUUUAAUAUGUUAUGAUCUUGCACUUUGAAAUGAUGGGAACUGAGCAAGUUUGGAAUUGGACUUAGCUGAGGUGCCUGUGCUUAAAAACUGCUUGUGCCGCCGCUUUCCGUUCCCUUCCCUGGAAAAGCGGCUGGGAAUGCAAGCAGAGGAGGCACGUGCCGAGGGGCAAACACUACCCACGCCAUAAUAAAACAAACAAACCCCAAUUCAAAUGCAGGCUCUGAAUCCUUGGAGCAGAGAGAGUCGGAGCCCACGUGUUUUUAGGGCCCAACAUCAACGCGGGGCCUUGGGCCGGGUUUAAGUAGGCGGCAGAGGCAGCCGAGAGCGCAGGGAGGGACGUGGGGCCCACGAGCGGCUUCUGCAGGAGCCUGGGGAGAGGGACGGGCCGGACGUGCGUUAAUAAGGAGCAAGGAGGCACAUUUUGGGUGCACGAGGAGUUUUAACARCUGCUUUUUUUUGGCUUUUUUUUCCUUUUACCCAGCCCAUCAAUGAACUAAGUUAUUCCCCGAGCGACCAGAACGUGACGUUUCGGGGGCUCGGCGGGGAAGGCGUUUUGCUGCUCCCCAAGGAAACGUUCAAACGAGUUCCAGAGCCAGCUUAAGCUGACGGGAGGCUCUGAAAUUGGGCAAAAAAAGAUGAAGGAAUGGUUCAAAACACCUCCUAGAGAUGCGAUGGUGCCAGGCCGAGUCCCUGGCCCGCAGGGACAGGGAGAGGAGGAAUUCUGCUUUUCCACAGCAUGGCCGUAGGUGGAUCAGGAGAAGGGCUGUUUAAUCAUCCGGGAAUCUAGAUGAAAGAGCUUAGAUGGAAAGGAAGGGAUUUAAUAGGAUGGAAAUUUAAGAUUACCCAGAUUUCUGCCUUUAUUUUUUAGCAUUUUUUUACUUUCAGUCUUCCGAGUUGGUUUAGUUACCUUCCCUCCUCCUAGAUCUGUAUAGUUUGGUUAAACACCCAGCAAUUUAGUUUCCUAUUUAACCAGGCUUACAGCUAACCCCUGUUUCCCCUUGAUAUUUAUUUCUUGGCUCCGAUUUUUUUUUAAUCUUUCCAGUAAUCCCGUGUUUCCCCYCCCGUUCCCAUUUCUUUCUGCGGAGGAACCUGCGCAGGGCCUUGGCGGGCAGCGCCGGAGCGAGGCCCCGCUCCAAGUGCCCCCGUUUUGCCCCUUCCUAAGUCGUUGCAAAGUUGCCCUGUGAGUUUUUAUUUACGGGGACACCCUCGUAAAUACCCCAUGUGCCGGGCGGGAGCUGCUGGGAAGGCUUUGGGGGAA